AUGGUGCAAAGCUACAUGCAGACUGUGGAUUCGUGGAUGCUUGCGUUCCAAUUCUGGGACUUUGCUGUCUGCCUACCGAACGAAUGGAGCCUGCUCUACCUUCCAGAAGCGCGGAGAUGGAUUCGGAGUCAUCGACCUCCCUCCGUAGGCACGAUUUUGUGAGUGAUCGUCGACCUUUGCUACCACCUCCAAGAACUUAAUCUGCUUCGAGGUGACCAGCUUGGAAUGA